CCUCAGGCGGGAGCGCGCAGGGGUGGGUCCCGAGACGAAAACACAACAGUGGAGGUGGGAGCUCCAGAGCCGACAUCUUGUGCAGCCCCCACACAGCCUGUCAUUGUGUACAGCGCAAAGCCCAUCUACUGGGGCAAGCUGGACGCCAGCAGAUCGUCAACAACUGCAAGGAACCAAUUCAGACACAGCGUUGUUCUGGAGCAUUCCACUUCUCUGCGUUCGGUGACACGGAGCUGUCAUGUCCGAACCCGGAGGAGGAGGCGGCGGUGGCGGACGGAGGCGGGGGAGCACUGUGAGCAGAGCGAGGAGCUGCGGCCGCAGAAAGAGAAGGAAGAAUAAAGUGCGAUCGACGCCCUUCCCCACCCGACUCCAUCACCACAACCCGGGAGAGAAUGGAGCGAGGAGCCCCAGCCCGGGAGGCGCGGAGCCGCAGCCCGCCAGGGCGGCCCAGUACAGGCAGUUCCGGAGAGAGGUCUUUAGAACAAGAACAAAGGCCGACAAGAAGAUUGUGAAAUCGGAAAAGAUCAAUGCCUCCCACAGCCCGGCAGCACAUCGCUGUGACCAGCGUAGUCUCCACAAGCAGCAAAAUAAAUGUAAAGUUCAGUCUAUAAAGAGCAGUUCCCCCAAAAAGACUGAAAGGCUUCACACUGACUCUGAGCUCACAAAUAGGUCUGUCCAGAAGGUUGAGAAGAAACCACUGAUGAGCGCUGAAAACAUCCCCCAUAUCAAAAUAAAAAAAGAGGGUUGUACCCAGGAUGAAAUUGAGAGAGAGAUAAACUAUGCAGGAGCAAAAUUCAGCGAUCCGCCAUCCCCAAGUGUGCUUCCGAAGCCUCCCAGCCACUGGAUGGGGAUCAAUGGUCAACAUUUCGACCAGUGUAAGGAGCUGAUGACAUAUCACCUGAAAGCCCUACUGAAGGUCCAGCUGUAGUCCUGCUUGAAGCCCUCUUUUAAUGAACAUUUUGUUACAGACCCAAUCACCAUGCCCAGCAUUUUUCCACAUUUGGAACCUUCAUUAUUUUUAUUUUUUUUGUGCAGGAACUUCAGUAGACCUUGCAUUUUACAUUUCUGUACAGAAUUUGAGUAUUAUAUUUUGUAUGGUUGUGUAAAUAGUGUACACAGUGUAAUAUGUGUAUAUCCUCGUUUAUACUCCAGGUAAAAUUUUAGUUUUGUUAUAAAAGUAUGUAUUUUGACCUGACUAAAGAAACCAAUGUGUUUUAUACAUAAAGGUGACAAGGUUUCAUCUACAGUCAGAUGAGAACAAAGACUUCCCUUCUACCAAUUCCCAUUUACUAUAUUAAUUACGUCAAUUUCUAGCCUUCGACCCCUUGAAUGAAAUGGGAAGCACUGGUCCAUCUUCAUGGCAGCUGUUUUAUCCAGUUCAGCAGCUGAGAAAACUAGCCGUUUACCAAGAGAGGUAUCUCAAAGCUUAAUGCACUUUGUCUCGUUUGGAAAGCACUGCACAAAUGACAACUGGGAAUCCAAUGUAUUCCCAGUAUGAGUCUCUGAUUGUAUUCGUUAAGAAAAUCACAUCUUCCACAUAAAUUGGCUAAUGUUAAAUUGAAUAAAAAUAAUUUGGCCUCCCC